UGAAACGUGUUCCUGUUAUUUUGACAGAUCAUGGUUCACAAUUAUCUCGAUUGGUGGCGCUGUAGUCAGUUUUUCUUUCAUGGUGGUGAAGUGGUGAAGAUAAAGUUCACGUGAAAAUUCCAUAUUUUUGAGCAAAAUGGCGAACCUUCUGAUGCGUCGUGCGUUGAUCAACGCCAUCCGCGUCCCGGCCGGCACCCGCGCCAGCAGCGUCAACACAGACCUCGCCAAGGUGGGCAAGCGUGAGUGGGUGUGCUACGGCUUCAACGGGCAGCCCAACUACGUGGACCGCCCCGACUACCCCAUGCCGGCCGUCCGGUUCCAGCCUGAGACCCCUGACAUUAAGAUGCUCCGUGAGAAGGAGAAGGGCGACUGGCGCAAGCUCACCAUGGAGGAGAAGAAGGCGCUGUACCGCGCCUCCUUCUGCCAGACCUUCGCAGAGUUCCAGGCUCCCACUGGCGAGUGGAAGGGCGUGACGGGCUGGGCGCUGACCCUCGCCUCUCUGUCCGUCUGGAUCUACUUCGCCAUGAAGAUCUUCGUGUACUCCCCACUGCCUGAGACCUUCGACGACGAGCACCAGAAGGCUCAACUCAAGCGCAUGCUGGACCUCAAGGUCAACCCCGUGGACGGACUCGCCUCCAAGUGGGACUACGAGAACAACCGCUGGAAGUAAACUAAGGCAGAUAGCUGUUGGUGCUAUCCUCACAUCUGGCUGCACACGGGCGGUAGAGUAGACAAAUGUAAUUUAUAUAAGCAUUAUGUAUAUGUAAGAUAAAUAAAUGUUAUUGAAAUCGAA